ACACUUCGUUCAUCCGAAUAGACAAGCAAUAGACAGAUCCACACAACAGCUCCAAAAUGAUGGAGGAACGGCGUCUCGAGCGCCAGAAGCGUUUAUUGGCCAUGCGCCAUGCUGCAUCAUCACUGCCUUCCAGCCAGGAGAAGGAAUUCAAUUUGCGCCUGGUGGACCUCUACAGGGAGCAUCCGUGCCUGUGGAAGAUCUCGCUGCCGGCGUACAAGGAUACGGACAUGAAGCGCAGUUCGUGGGAGAAGAUUGCCAGCCAGUUGGGCAGUCAUCUGACUGCCGAAUUUAUACGCUGCCGGAUGCGCAGCAUGCGGUAUCAUCUUAAUGUGUACAAGCUCGAGAUGAUCGAGUAUCAGAUGACCUCCGGCAAGGGAAAACCGCCAGAGAAGCUUUACUACAUUGAUCGAUUUGCCUUCCUGGAGGCAGAAGAUGAGCCGGAUGACCAAAAAUCCAGUUCCAACGCCAAUAAACAAAAUAUCUCAAAAUCCGAGGGGUUUGCGAAACUCUGGUCGGACUUUAACCUGAAAUCCAUGACCAAAAGAGAUCAAAAGAGACCAAAAGAAUCCACUGAUGCCAGCAGCAGGGAGAGCCAUCGUUACGGCCAGAGAAUCGCCGAUAUGGUCAAGAUGCGUAUGGAUGCGCAGGCUGGGCCAGUGGCGAUCGAAAGUCCGCGUCUGAAAAUUCCAGAUCUUAAGCAAAACAUCGUCUGGAAGCGGAACUUGGGCCAUCGCCCGUCGGCCAUCUCCAUGGGAGCUCUGUCAGAGACUUUGCCCACACUGCAGGCGCGUCCUGGUGAUUCCGUAUCCAAGACCAAGAUGAACCAGAAGGAUCGCGACAGUGAGCAGCCGACGACCUCCAGGAUGGCACAAUCUGCUCUGGCCAACGAUGGCCAGUCGGAGGACGAGGAGCUGUACAAAAUGCAUUGGAAGGUCCGCACGGCUCAAAGGUCAUUACGUCCUGGACACGAUCGCUGCCAGAAGUUGCCAACGCAAUCGCGUCCUUCGAAGCCCAGCGAACCCACUCCAGAUAUAUUUUAGCCACUUGCACCAAUGUUACUAAAUUGCUUUUAUAUUGUUAAGUUGAAAUCAGGAUUAUGGACCCAAGACAAGGGCAAGCUGGAAAAGUACUUCAUUGGGGAUAUUUUCGAAAAGAAACUACAAAAUUGAAUACAUAAUAUACGAUGCCAAAAAGCCAAGACAUUCCCGAAUCUUCAAGCAUUACAAUAGUCAAGAUAAAUGAAUAUGUAUUAAGUAGUUAAAUUAUAGUACAAAUUUUAGUCGAUCAUGCCAAAUGAAAUAUGAAGUAUCUGGAGCAAAAAAAAAAAGAACAGCGAGUUAAGAAAGCAAAAGUCAAUGACCCUCCUUCCCACCUGUCCAUCAAAACAGUCAAAGCUACACUUGCCAUCCAUUUGACCUAUUGUGCCAUUUGUUGUUGUCAAUGUUUGAAUACACUGCUGCAACCUGUUUGGUAAUGCGAAGGACAUUCACUUGGCCCCAACGCGUGUUGAGGGAUCCUUUCAAGUUUGAUUAAUUCUUGAGUCUGGGCAAAUGAGGCGGAAAGAUACGGACCAAACUCACCGAGUCCGGCAAUGAUUUAUGAAUACUUCAGAACGAACACAGUCUGUAUGCUAAAGAGAAGUUGCGAACUCUCGCCGCAAAUCCAAAAACCACCGACGAAAUUAGUUUUUGGCUGCCAAAGUUAAUUCCGAAAUUACUUCCGGAAAUUACAUUACGCACACAGUUUAGCCCCACAGACGCAACCGCCUGGCAAAGGGACUCAUCCCCAUCCAGCAACCAUCCCAUCCCCAAUCCCAAAUCCCGAGUUCCCCCCAUCCAAAUGCGUUGCUCAUUAGCGUGAAAAUUUAAUUCAAUUUAUUCCAAUAAACCCCUUAAGUGCUCGCCUUAUCUUUUCAAUCGU